UCUCGCCGAAGCCAUGGACACCGACCAACAUCGCGUUGAAUCAACUAUUGUUGUCUGAGCGAGUUCUUGCGUUUUUCUCGGAUAGAGGUUUUCGAGCGCACUGAUGCAGCCGUGUAGGACGCCUCUCGACAUCUAAGACACUAACACGACAAAAGACAUGCUCUCGGCCGCCUGUCUCUGUUCGUCUACAAUUGGUAGGACUAGAACGAGACUUAUCACUGUCAACACCGUAUGGACUGGUCUAUAAAAAAAAGGCGAUGGAGCGCCUGUAUCUUGUAUUUACAGAUUCGCUCGACACUCAGCAAAGCAGCGGCAACUUCUCACUCCAUUUUGUUGGGACCCUACCCCAUGUUCAUUCCCUUUCCCAACCCCAUGAAUUUCUUCAAAUUCUGCAGGGGGAGUAAUGAUGAGAGUACCUCGAAGCCUUCCAGCAAGGUCUACAAGCCUCGCAAACGAAGCAUCAAAGCUGGCGAUUCUAAACGAACCAAGCCUGCUAAGCCUGCCAAUAGAGCAGCGACUUCUUCACGCCUAUCCACACCUGCCAAGGUACCAUCUGAAAGUAGCGAACCUCAGCUACAGCCAACCAAGAGUACUGGGAAAACCAUCGAUGACGACGCGGAACUUAGAGCAAAGCUGCAGAUAAGAAUGUUCCCAAGUACCUCUUCCGCAUGUGGUAUGCAGGCUCUGGUCAAGAUGCCAGGCUCAAUACCGUCUCAGCCGUCAUUCCUCAUGCCUUCUUACGCGGUAUUGGCCAUGAAUCAGUCUACCACAUGACGCGUUCAACCUUCUUGUCCAACACUCAAUCGCAUGUCGGAGGUAGUACGCGAGUGAGCUUACUCGGAAUUUUCGUCGUGG